GGAACGUGGGCCAUCUUGUGUUUCCACAGCGCCUUCUCGUUUAACUGCAUGGAAACGCGGAACCCGUCGGUAAGGUUGGUGGAGGAGUGGUUGGUAGUGCUCAGUGACCGGCAUGCAUUACUUCCAUCAGAACUGAAAAAAUGAGCAAGCAUUUUAAUGGAGAGCCUUGAAUAAACCAGAAAACUCAUUGAUGAUUGACUGAAAGGAGAAUUGUACCAGGCAGCUUGAAUACUCUAUGGAACAGCUUGUUUUUGACCAUAGAUGCCACCGAAUACCCGGACUUAACCAGUUGCCCUUCGACCCUGCAAACAACGACGAACCACUGCAGUUCAAUAAUUCAAAUGGCCCAUUGAUGACAGAAUGUUCCAUUGACCGUUCUAAUGAACCAAUCAAGAAAAGGAGGCGGAAUAAUAUAGCAGCAGAUGGUUUCAAAAACCUAGCCUUAGAAUCCAGCCCACUAGGAAUGUCAUUAUCGGAUCCUACAACUUGGGCAACAGCCAUGAACAACCUAGGAAUGGGACCAAUGGGAAUGACUGGACAGCCACUUAUGUCAGAGUUUGACCGAGGCCUUCGCAUGAUGACUGGAAUUGCACCAAUUAACCCAAUGAUGCCUGGAUUGGGCAUUGUCCCAUCUACAAUUCGUCAAGACAUGGUUGUCGUCAAGGAGAUCAUCCAUUGUAAAAGCUGUACACUUUUUCCUCCAAAUCCAAAUCUUCCACCUCCUGCUAUACGAGAAAGGCCUCCAGGGUGCAAAACUGUCUUUGUUGGUGGUUUACCAGAGAAUGCGUCAGAAGAUAUGAUCACUGAAGUUUUUGGACAGUGUGGUGAAAUCAUAGCCAUUCGUAAAAGCAAGAAAAACUUUUGCCAUAUACGGUUUUCAGAUGAAUACAUGAUAGACAAAGCUCUAUUUUUGUCGGGUUAUCGAAUAAGAAUAGGAUCCAGUACAGAUAAGAAGGACACCGGUCGCCUUCAUGUUGACUUUGCUCAAGCUAGAGAUGACCUAUAUGAAUGGGAAUGUAAACAACGUAUGAUGGCAAGAGAGGAACGCCAUCGUCGAAGAGUGGAAGAAGAAAGAUUUCGACUACCUUCACCUCCACCAAUAGUGCAUUAUUCAGAACAUGAAAGUGCUAUACUGUCAGAAAAGCUUAAAGAUGAUGCAAAAUUCUCUGAAGCUGUUCAGACCCUUUAUACCUGGCUAGAACGAGGGGAAGUGAACCGUCGAUCAGCAAACAUUUUCUACUCCAUGAUCCAGUCAGCUAACAGUCAUAUUCGAAGGCUUAUGAAUGAAAAAAUUCUACAUCAAAAAGAAAUGGAGGAAGCCAAAGAGAAGUUUAAGAAUGCUCUCUCAGGGAUUCUGGUUCAGUUUGAGCAGAUUGUCUCCGUUUUCCACUCUUCCUCCAAGCAAAAGGCGUGGGACCAUUUCUCAAAAGCUCAGCGCAAGAAUCUACAUAUGUGGCGAAAACAAGCAGAGGAAAUUCGUAACAUCCAUAAUGAUGAGCUCAUGAGUAUUCGGCGUGAAGAAGAAAUGGAGAUGUCUGAUGAUGAUAUGGAAGAAAUGCCAGAGAACAAAAUAACAGAUGAAUCAGCACUAGCUGCUCAGGCUGAAGCACUUAAACAAGAGAAUGACAGCCUACGUUGGCAGUUGGAUGCCUAUAGAAACGAGGUAGAUUUACUAAAACAAGAGCAGGGUAAGCUUUACCACACUGAAGAAGAGACCACAAAGGACCAACAAUUAAAACUACUGCAACAGACAUUGCAGGGGAUGCAGCAGCAACUUCUGAACUUGCGAGAAGAUUGCAAGAAGAAAGAAUCUGAAUUCCAAAAGGCAAAGGAAGAAAAACGGAAAGCAGAGAUGUUAUUGGAGGCACUUAAAGGAAAGGAGGAGAGUGCAAGUCGACAAGAUAUGGAAGAAAGUGAUAACCAAGGAAAUAACAGCACAGGAUACAUAAUACUGAGUUCCAGUCAAGAGAAGGAUGGUGAAUUGGAUAGGGUCAUCACAGGGCCUGUCCGAUCAGAGAGGGAGGCACUGCUUGUGGGUAUAAUUUCUACAUUUCUCCAUGUCCACCCAUUUGGAGCCAGCAUAGACUAUAUAUGUUCUUAUCUACAGCGACUGGAUGCUAAGAUCUCUCCCAGUGAAAUAGAAGGCCUCAUGACAAGGCUACAACAUGUGUUUCAACAGGAGAUAACUGGAGUUGGCGCAAGUUUGGAAAAACGGUGGAAAUUUAGUGGCUUCGAUGGAAUCAAGGCCCUUCAGAACUAGUAACUUGGUGACAAUUCACAAGAUUACAGGACUACUCCACACCCUACUGUUUCUGACUAACGUAGAUACCAGAUUUGUUUUUGAAAGAUUGGUUUCAAUUACUCUCAAAAAAUGAGAAAUCCUCAGGCUUGAUGAAUAUGAGCUGCGCCUAGAAAUAGGCUUAAAGAACAGAAUUGUGUUUACCAAACCCCAAAUGUCGGGUAAUAAACUGUGCUGUGUAUUAUAGUUGGUGUGCUUCCAUGGCUGAAGUACUAGUAUGAGCCAAGUGAUUAAGGAGGGCCAAAUAGAAAAGCAACAACUUAAGCUAUGAAAAAUAUACAAAGCAUCCUUUUUCCUGACACAUGUGGUCUCACAUUAAUUAGAUCACUGUGUCUCUCCUCCAAUCCAGCUCAAUAUUAUAGGUACAGUACAUCUACCAAAGCAUCUGUUUUUAUUUUUCAGUCAUAACAGUGUAUUUUUCAAAUUCCUACAUAUCUGUAGAAGCUUUUAAUGGUCCAAUUUCUGUCAACUUAAUGAAAUGCUGACGGCCAUCGAAAACACUAACAAAUACAGUACCCAUACUCACCCUCCAUCACCACCACCUCUUUCCCCUGCCAACCCCCACCCCCACCACCACCCCUGCAGCCCCACCAGCAAACAAAAGGUUUGCUGAGAAACUACUGAUUUUAUUGAUUUGAUGCUGUGGCUCAGUUCCAGUGUCUAAAAGAUCUGCAGAUUCUUUCUCCAUUCUCAUUUUCUCAUCUCAGUUCUCCUGAAGGUGGUCAUGCACGGUAGAUAAUUGUUCAUGAACAUUAGCAGUUCUAUAGUGCCCUCACUUAAGUGGCAAUUCUUUGUAUAAGUUUGGAUAAUGGGUUAUGGCAGACUGUUUGAAUGCAGUGUGGGUAUCAGCACUGAGCUUAAUUUUGUCCUUGGGGAACAUCCACACAAGUGCACUUUCUAACAAGAGUCGUUGGAUACUGAUUGGGAAUGGGAACCUUGGCAGAUUUUUCCAUUUCUUAGUCUAGAGAUUGAGGUUAAUGCAGCUAUCACUGGCUCAGCUGAGAUCAGCUAAUUCAAUGGAAUUUAGCAGAUUCUUGGUCUGUGCAGCUUAGUUCCAUAUCAUGUGGUAAUGAAUACCCAAAAAACUAUUUGGGUAAUCUUCUGCAAAUCCAUCUUCAUCUACAGCUGAGUAAAUUUGUUCAAGCAGCAUGUAGCAGAGACAAUUUCAUUUCAGACCAUUCUUUCAUCCAGAAGUAGCAAGGUUUUAGAUAAGUUGAAGUUUUAUCCCAUAAAUGGCUUAAAAAAAAACUGGAUUCUAUCAUCUGAUCAUUUGUGGCAAAUGGAGAGCACAAGUUUGCAUGUCAUGAUAUUUCUAGGGAUUAAUGCACCUUAUUGAAGAUAGAAAAUGUAGCAUGGGAAAGGAUGCUCCAUUCUCAGUGUUUGUAAGUCAAAAUUGGGGCAGGAUGUGCCAAUAUUUGUUUUAAAGAAGAAAUAUGAAGAUUGUUAACAUGUUUAAGUAAACUGAUCAGGUUUAUUAACUGAAAUUGUUUACAUCACAAAUCUGUGGUAAAAAAGGAAACAUCCCUGUUGUACUUUAAUUUCUUUAUAUCUCUGGAAUCAAUCUAGCAGUACAUUUUGGACAAUAUAUCUAGUUUGUACAGGCUAAGCUACACUGUAUUGAUAAAAGUUGUAUUUUUAGACAUAAAUUAUUUUUUACAAAGCUUUAAUACUUGAUAGUUUACUUGGAUUUUGUGUCCCCAUGGGUGAAGGACAUAAGCAGCAACACCUACUGUUAGUUACAAUGAAAAGCCGAGAAUUCUUUCUGCUAUUUUCUCGUUUAUACUACUUGUAUGAUGUGUUGGACAGCGUUUUGCUGCUGCUGCUGUUCUAUGGGUUCAAACAAGCCUGAUAUGUUCACUGAUGCUUGUUAAAGUUUUAGUGUCUUUUUUAAUUAGUCCAAGUUGUAUCAUUUUAGGUAAGAAUUAACAAGUGCAAGUUUACAUGGCAUGUUACCUUACUGUGAUCGUGAGUUGCCAAUAUUGUUUCAUGUGCUGUAGGCUCAUAAUUAAUGACUGCAGAGAUUUAGCACAAAAUAAUACCUGGAGCUCAAAAUUUCCACUAAGAAGUUCUAUUUAUUCUGUGGGCAAAAAUUAUCCCUAGAAUCAUAACAUACCUUCACCAUUGUGAACUACCUGAGGGACUAGUGAAAAUCAAGAAAAGCAAUUUGAAAAUAUCUGGUAAGUGAAUAGCUUGAAGUUGCCUGAUAGUUCAGAUAUGGUUUGAUACUUAACUUAACAGACUAAUGAGAUUCCAGGUUCAAUCCUGAUGUCUACUAAAUUGGUUGAUCUCGGCUCGUGUCAUAGAACAACCCAUUUGGUUUAGAUACCUCUGAACUAGGACGUGCAGUGGGGGUAAAACCAGCCUGAUUCUGAUUGCUGCCUAGUUGUUUUCACUGGAAUUACAUAAAAAUCAGAACACAGAAACAGGCUGACUGGCUCAAGUGGUUUAUGUCAGUGUGAACCCUGCUCCUUAAUUUGCUUAAUUUGCUUCUCCCUCAUAUUGUGAUUCCCCUUAAAUGUGUUAGCCACCUUUUUAAAUAUAAGAAAUGGAAAUAAGCUAUGCUUUUGUGCACCAGGCAUCAAAUGGUUUGCUACCAUUUGCUCUCCAACUUCAUUUUUCUGGACAAUAUUUAUUCCCCAAAAAUGUCACUAGCACAAACAGAUUACCUGACCACUUACCUCAUUGCUGUUGUGGGAACUUCCAGUAUGCAAUUUAGUUGCUGUAUUCCCUACAUUAUAACAUCUCUUGCAUAAAUAAAACAUAAAUUACAGUUCAAAAGUUAAUUGGCCGUAAAGUGCUUCAGACAUUUUGAGACCAUGAAAUACAUCAUAUAAAUGCUAAUGAUUCUAUUUUUGAAAAAUGGCUGCUUUGAUGACUCCACAGACCAUUGGAAACAUAUUAGCAGGGCUCUUCGACUUCAAGGGGAGAAAAUUAAGUGAGCUGGAUAAAACCAUUUUCUUAAUGUCCAUUGUAUUCACUUUUUUGAACCAGAUCAUUUCAUAGCUUAUACCUAUUAAAUUAACUUUUUGAUGAGAUUCCACAACUGAGGUUUAUCUUAAGUUUACAGCUGAGAGUUUGUUAUGCAUUGAUUGUUACUUCAACAGUGUCUUAAAUAACAUAAAUUUGCAGAUCCUUUACAACUCAAAAUUGUACAACAGAAAAUUAUUUCUAAUAUUUUAGAGAAUUCCUGAUCAUUUUAGGAACACCUUAUGUAAGAGAAGAGAAUAAAAUUAUCAUUAAUGCCCAUGGAAUAAAACCAACUUGACUGACUGGGAUACUUUGGUUAACCAAAUAUCCUUUGUUUCUAGGCAGUUCAACAAUAAAAUUUUAAGCAGGGAGAGGGAUUGUAUUUGCGUGCUCUAUCAUUUUGCAAUAUGUCCUAAUGAUUAGCAAGUUGUAUUUCAGUCUUGUUUUGUGAUUUAUUAGAAUGGAUUUUUAAUAAGUUUUAUAAAGAAAUUAUUUAAAUG